CAAUUCUCUACCUGCAGAGACAAAAUCACUGGUGGUUGUCGAAGGAGAGCUCAAGCGAGCUGCUACAAUGGUGAAAGUGUCGAGAGUUGCAAGUAACAAUGACAGUGCAAAUAAGAAGAAGAAGAAUAAGAAGAAGAUAAAUCCCAACGCCAUAGCCAUGAAAGUCAAAGCUCCAGCGGCAAAACCUAACCCCUUUGAAACCAUUUGGUCUCGUCGCAAAUUUGAUAUCCUUGGCAAGAAACGCAAAGGAGAGGAACGCCGUAUUGGCCUCGCACGCACCCUCGCUAUUGAGAAGAGGAAGAAAACAUUGCUGAAAGAUUACGAGCAGAGUGGUAAGUCAUCAGUGUUUGUGGAUAAGCGAAUUGGAGAGCAAAAUGAGGAGCUUGGCGAGUUUGAUAAGGCCAUUCUCAGAUCUCAAAGAGAAAUGCGGGUGAAACUUAGCAAGAAAAGCAAGUAUAAUUUAUCUGAUGGGGAAGAGGACGAGUUUGAUAUUGAAGAUGGCAGUUUGUAUCCUGAAAGGGAUGAUUUCGAGGAUGAGGUACCAUUUGACGAGGAGGAAGAUGGGGAGGUUACAGAGGCUGAGAAGAGGUCUGUCAUCUUAAAACAGCUUAGUGCCCAUGGCACCCCUGGUGCUCAUGCAACGGGAAUCGAAGGAGAAGAAAAUAGGCAGAAGACUAAAAAGGAGGUGUAUGACGAGAUAAUAUCCAAGAGCAAAUUUUUCAAGGCGGAGAAAGCUAAGGACAAGGAAGAAAAUGACCUGUUGAUCAAAAAAUUGGAUGAACAAUUUACGUCUGUGCAGUCCUCUUUGGCCCAACCUAACCAAAUAAAUGUUGUGAAAGAUGUUACGAGCAAGAGCAUUAAUCAUGUUAUUUCCAGUAAAGUUGAACCUGAUCAGGAGAAAGCUGAUGCUUAUGAUAAACUACUCAAUGAAAUGGUGCUGGAUAUGCGUGCCCGUCCAUCAAAUAGGACAAAAACUCCUGAAGAACUUGCACAAGAUGAAAAAGAGCGACUAGAGCAAUUGGAGGAAGAGCGGCAGAAAAGGAUGCAUGCUGCUGAUGACACAAGCGAUGAGGAUAAUGAUGAUGAUCAGGGAAAUUCUGCCUCCAAGAAGCUGACUUCUAUUUCUGGGGAUGAUCUUGGAGAUUCCUUUGCUAUUGAUGAACCAAAAACCAAAUUGGCCUGGAUUGAACAGAUGUUGAGAAAAGAAAAUGAAAUUGAUGUUGAUAGCGAUGAUGGUGAAUCAUCCGAUGAUGGUGAUGAUGAUGAUGGAGAGGAAGAAGAUGAUGAUGAAGAGGGAGAUGACUUGGCAAGUGACAUGCCACAAUCUCUAAAAGACUGGGAACAAAGUGAUGAUGAUGAUGAUGAUGAUGAUGACACCGACUUGGAGGAAAAAGCAGGAGAGGAUGAUGGUGUGAACUUGGAGGUAAAACCAAGGGACCAUAAACAGGCUGUAAAUACUAAUGAACAUGUGGAUAAUUUAGAUGCUGAGAAAAAGGUUGCAAAGGUCAAACUUCCUGGGCCUCUACAAGGAGACCUUCCAUAUACAAUUGAAGCUCCAAAAACCAUGGAUGACUUGUCUUCAUUGUUGGAAAAUCGUUCUGAUAGCGAAAUCAUUGAAGCAAUCAGGCGAAUUCGUGCAUUCAAUGCAAUCAAAGUUGCAGCAGAAAAUCGGAAGAAAAUCCAAGUAUUCUAUGGCCUACUACUGCAGUAUUUUUCUGUUUCAGCAAAUAAAAAGCCAUUAAAUUUUAGGUUGUUAAACUUACUUGUCAAGCCAUUAAUGGAAAUGAGUAUAGAAAUCCCGUACUUUGCUGCCAUUUGUGCUCGUCAGCGACUACUUCGAACUCGAUCACUUUUUGCAGAGGAUAUCAAGAAUUCAGAAAAAAGCUGUUGGCCCUCUAUGAAGACAUUAUUUCUCCUAAGGCUCUGGUCCAUGAUAUUUCCUUGCUCAGAUUUUCGUCAUGUUGUUAUGACCCCUGCAAUAUUAUUGAUGUGUGAAUAUCUGACACGAUGCCCCAUUAUAUCUGGCCGUGAUGUGGCGAUUGGCUCUUUCUUAUGCUCUAUGGUUCUUUCUGUCUGCAAGCAGUCAAGAAAAUUCUGCCCCGAGGCCUUGGUGUUUCUGCGGACCUUGUUAGUGGCAGCUUUGGACAAAAAGUCUGAACCAUCUCAAGACUCUGAGUUAUAUCACCUAAUGGAAUUAAAAGCCCCAAAGCCUCUGCUGCAUAUACAUGGUGCCGUAGAUGAAAUGAAGCCUCUGGAUUUCCUUACGUUAAUGGACUUACCAGAUGACUGCCUUUAUUUUAGUUCUGAAAAUUUCAGGGCGAGCAUGCUUGUAACAGUAGUUGAUACGCUACAAGGAUAUGCGAACAUUUAUGAAGAAUUUAAAUCAUUUCCCGAGAUAUUCUUGCCAAUUUCCAAUUUACUAGUGGAACUAACAGCACAAGAUCACAUGCCUGUUGCAUUAAAAGAUAAACUGAGAGCUACUGCGCAGCAGAUAGAGAAGAAAGCUGAUGAACAUCACAUCUUACGUCGACCGUUGCAAAUGCGGAAGCAAAAGCCGGUUCCUAUUAAGUUACUUAAUCCGAAGUUUGAGGAAAACUUUGUCAGCAAUAGAGAUUAUGAUCCUGAUCGUCAACGGGCUGAGGAUAGAAAGUUAAGGAAACUUGUAAAGCGUGAAGCUAAAGGGGCUGCUCGUGAGCUGCGGAAGGAUAAUUACUUCUUGGCUGAGGCAAAGGCUAGAGAUAAGGCACGCCUAGAAGAAGAAAAGGCCGAGGAGUAUGGGAGAGCUAGAGCUUUUCUUCAGGAACAAGAGCAUGCAUUCAAAUCUGGACAACUUGGCAAGAACAAAAAGAGGAGGAAAUAAAGUGUUCGUCCUCUGUUGUGUUGUGAAUGAUUUCUCACCUCAAGAAGUACAGUUAUCUACUUCAGGCGGUUGCUGCUGGCAUUGCUUCGAAGCUGUACCUUUUACAUGACCCACUUCAGUUUUGUUUUAUGGAUCAGACCUCGGAGGCAUGGUAUCUCAUUUGGAGGUAAAUUUGGGUGUAUUGUAGUAUGAAAUAGGUUAAGUUGGGAUGAAUUUUGGGAACUCUAGCCAAGGUAGAUGAUAGUUAUAUGCACAUCCACAAGUUUUGACGUUAUGCAAAUGUAGCUAUAUACACCGAGUAAUGUUAUCUGAUCAUACCUUUUACAGGCACAAAACAAAUGUCCUCUAUCAUUAGGUAGCUGCUGAUGGUUAUUGAUCAGAAUUCAGAUUGGUUAAAAUGACAUAAU